AUAAACAAUUGUGUUUUGGUGGGCAGCUGAUCUUGAGUGUGAUUGUGAGUAGCAGCAGCAGUCCGAAGCCAAUCGUUCAACUUUCAGCUCUGAACGUCAAGUAUUCAUAAUGACAUAGGGCAGAUGGAAUGUUAACAAUCAUUUUUUCUUACCGGUUCGUGUGAGGUAGCUUAUCUGCUGAAAGAAGCAAUUAUUUUCACAAUGUACCAGCAGCUCAUAUUGUUCGUUUUUCUGCCCGGUGUGCUAAGCUCUCCCAUCGGGGAAGAUGAGGGAGAACUGAACGAUGACGUCCCGCUCCCAAUUAUUUUUGUGAAACCACUGGAUAAUCGAAUUAACAAUUUAACAACACUUGCUGCUCCUACUACUCGUCCUGGCAAGAAUAUUCCAUGUGGAGAUUAUCACACUCUCAACUCUUCAGCUAAGAAAUGUGAAUUCAUCCAGACCAAUGGCGAUUGUCAGAAUUCAGAUGGUUUUAUCAAUUAUCUCCAGGUCGUCUAUUGCUCCUUUCCAGGUCUACGGCCUCUUGGACUUGUGUGUCUGGGUCUUUGGUUGAUAUACUUGUUGAUAACCCUAGGAGUAACUGCAGAAGUCUUCUUCUGCCCCAAUCUUGAUGUCAUGGCUAGGACACUGAAAUUAAGUCAAAACAUUGCAGGAGUAACUCUUCUAGCAUUUGGUAAUGGAGCUCCUGAUAUCUUUAGUGCUAUAGCAGCAAUAACUAAUGCAAGGGAUGGUGAGGCUGGACUGGCAAUCGGGGCUUUAUUUGGAGCUGGCAUAUUUGUGACAACGGUGGUGGCUGGAUCCAUCGCUGUGACAAGACCGUUCAAGAUGGUGGAGCGGCCUUUCCUGAGGGAUUCUAUCUUCUACUUGGUAGCAGCAUUUUGGACCUUCUAUAUCCUCUACAAGGGCAGUAUUGUGCUCCUGGAGGCAGUUGGUUACAUAUUGCUAUAUGUUGUGUAUGUGAUUGUAGUGUUUGUGGGACGUAAGAUAUAUCAGAACCAGAAACGCAGGAAACGGGAGCAAGAGCAGACGGAAGAAACUUACACCAAUGGCAUUCAGCAAGAUCUCCCAGGGCCUGGAGAUCCUUGUACUGACCUUCAUCCAAGCAUCAAUUCUUCACUUCACUAUCCUAGUUUCACUCCAAGCAUAAAUUCCUCCCAUGUACCUAGUAUCAACAGUCAUGAUGAUGAUGUCAUACCCAUUAUUGGUGCCAUGCCCAGAAGAGUCACAGGGGGGCUUACUGCAACAGAGAGAUUAGCAGUGGCUAGUAUGUUAGGAGUGGAUGCUGAUGUAGUUCGGAGCAUUACACCACAACCUCAUCUAACCAACAAUGAGAAUAGUAAUGAUGAUGAGUCUUGCUCCCUCCUGAGCGGUGAAGCACCACCUCCUGGUCAAGUAAAGGAGUUUUUCAUUGGUCUGUGUCCUGUAGAUAUAAAGGAAUGGUCAGAACUUGCAUGGUACUCAAAGCUAUGGGCACUGCUUAAGUGCCCAAUGCUAUUAUGUUUGAAGGCAACUGUUCCAGUGGUAGACUACAAUGAACCAAAACAUAACUGGAAUAGAUUAUUAAACACUCUUAAUCUGCUCCUAGCUCCUGUAUUAUGUGCGUUUGUAACCAAAGGUUUAACUAAAACCAUAACUGGUGGUUUUGAAGUAUGGCAUCUUGUUUUAUCCCUAUCAUUCUUGUUAGCAGUUCUUGUAUUCUUGACAUCUAAACCUAAUAAACAACCCGUCUAUCACUCGGUAUUUUCCUAUAUUGGUUUUGUUGUAGCUGUGUUAUGGAUUUAUUCUACAGCAAAUGAAAUUGUCAACAUUCUCCAGAUGUUUGGUUUGGAAUUCUACAUCACUGAUGCUAUACUUGGUCUUACAGUUUUGGCUUGGGGAAACAGUAUUGGAGAUCUUGUAGCUGAUGUUUCAAUGGCCAGGCAAGGCUUUCCAACCAUGGGCAUGUCAGCUUGUUUUGGAGGACCUAUGUUCAACAUGUUACUAGGUAUUGGUAUAUCAUGUACAAUUGUUACUAUCAGAGACGGGGGAACAUUUGUACUAAACACCACCCAUGUUCAACUGGUUCUUGCCUUAGGUUUAGCAGUUAGUCUCCUCUCAUCAAUGUUCAUUAUGGUGGCUUCUGGAUUCAAAGCCUCUCGGUUUUAUGGUAUAUACCUCUUUAUCCUUUACAUUGUAUUCUUGGUUGUAGCUUUGUUGAUAGAGGAGAGUGUAAUACCUUGGUGAUCUCAACACAUCUAUUAUGCCUUGAAAAUUAUAGUUAUUGAUUAGUAUUAAUAAUGCACAGCUGCUUACUGUACACAUUGGACACAAUGGACAAUGGAAAGUAAAGCGAACAGGAAUAUUAUAUAUCAUUCUUCCUACUUUGAACAUUUUGAGCAAAUUUGAGUCCCAGUGCAGUAAAAUAAGUCUUUUUUAAGCAAUGUUGAUUACAGUGAAUGCAUUAAUGCAAAUAGGUACAGAUCCACAAUUAAGCUCUUCAAUGUGCAGUGGAAGUCAACCACCUGUUAAUUUACACUUAAACAUGUUUGGAACAAUGGUGUUGAGUAUAUCAUGGUCCUAAAUACUGGUUGGUGUUUCAUAAAGGUGCUUGUAAAGUUCUGGAUGACUGGAACAUGUUCUUAGGUGCUAAGUCAAUUACGUAGGGAUGUAUCAUUUAGCACAAGGAGGGGUCACCGUUCGUGCGUAGUCAUUCAUAACUUACACGCAGCUUUAUGAAACACCCACCGGGUAUCUUUGGAAUGAUGACAAGUCAUACUCUCAAGAGAUUGAAAUACUUAAAUCAUGGAUUUGAUAAUUUUCUCACAAACAAUUAUGAAAUUCAUGUUACUUUUUUAAUGAUACAUCAGGGUCCCGUAACACAAAGAUUAUUGAUAAAUUGAUUGUACAUUGUAGUCAAUUGUAGAAAAAUUUUCUACGACCAAAAAAGCUUGGUGUUACAUGCCCCUGGGAUAUGAAAGUAUAACUAUUUAGUAUAAGAUUCUUAGAAUCAUGGAAGUUAUUUUGUUAUUAGCAGUAAUCUUGGAAUCUCAAUUACUCCAGGAAUCAAGAAAAUGUUAUCUUUAUAGACAGGUCCCUUUCAUAUUCUUAUCGAUUUUAAAGGGAAUGGUAUAAUGAAGCACAUUGACAGAUGGCCCCUCAAACUGAUUACAUGGCAAUGUAUUGAACUUUUCCAUUUUAUAUAUCAAUAUUUCAUGAAUUUGUGUUAUGCAUAUAUCACAUGUUUUUAUAUUCUAUUUAUAAAUGCAUAAAGAUGCGGAAAAUAAUGCUCUUAUUGUAAAAAGCAGGGUAUUUAUUGUAUUGCAAAUAGUGAUAGGAUGGUGAGAAUUUUGCAGAGAGGUGCUCUGUCUCAGCAAUCUAGUUUAUAUAAAGGAGUGUUUUGUCAAGAUGUUUUUAGAUUCAGAAUUCAACUCUCUAGUAGUUUGUUUCAAUGUUCGUUGUUGUGGCAUCAUGCAUUGCUGCAACAUUACUGACUGUACCUGCAGAGCUAGCAAUAUGAUUAUUGUUAGUGCCAUAGAAAUGUGCAAUAGACAUAUUACAGUGGUAUCUGGACACGUUAAUGACAUCAUUGGCAUCUGAAUAGAGCAUGGUUGCAAUUGUGAAUGAAUCCAGGGGGGGGGGGGAUGUUUCACAAAGAAUGAAGUGUGACUUACAUUACAUGACUGCAUAUAGGUCAAAUCAUGCUAAGAGACUACUACUAUGUAUUCAUCAAUAACAUUGCUUGUUUUGUGUCAUGUCCACAUCAGCAUUUAAGUGUGAGUCUAAGUCAUACUUUAGUCUCUGUGAAACACCCCCCCCCCCCCGGUGCUAAUGAUGUCAUUAUCCUUCUUGAGUUGCAGUAUCAUUGCAAACUCCCUUUUAAACAUGAGAGUUGAUAUGAAAAGUGUUUAUUAGGCAAUAUCAUGUUAAUUAUUGAUUUUUUUAGCAAUGUAUUUUACGGCAACUCAUGUAGGAUUAUGACUUUAUUGACAUCUAAAUUCAUUAAUUGUAGUUAUGCCUUAACUUGGGGCAAAUAAAAGUUUACAUCACAGCAUAGAAUACCUACUGAUUAUCCAAGCAUUGACAUAUACUACAUAAAUAUGGUAUAAAAUUAUUUGAGGGAAAGAACUCUUUUUAUUAUUAUU